AUGAGAUCGUUCCAAUUUAUGUUUUUGUUAGCACUUGCUCUUUCCGCAAAGAUUCUAAUCAUUUUUGAGAAACACGAUGAAGACGCAAAGCAACUCUAUGACGUGUCAAGUAACUCAGAAAUUCUCAAUGACAUUUCUUCCCUUCAAAACUUCAAGCGGAAUAACAACACCAUUGCGGUCAUCCCUUUUUCAAUCUUCUCUGAUCCCCAAAAAAUUCCGAUAUUAAUUGAGUUUGUGGCGGGGAAGGGCUCUUUAGUUGUGUGUCUAACAAAACAAGACACUGCUCAACACUCAGACAUCUUACGAUCUUUCCACCUCUCUGUCGACCAAUACACCAAAACGGUCGUAUCACUCAGACAUAACUUGACACACCAAUUCGUUCAAUUCGACUCCCCGCAAGCACUCUUCAACAGACUUCAAACAAUUCAACAGACUUCUACGGUUCUCUUCGCUUCGUUCAAUCCAGCUUUCUAUUCUCAAGUUUCGAAUAAUUCGACUUCAAACGACAGCGAGUCGGAAAUGGAGACACCAUCGAAGAAAAAGGUGAAGUAUACCUGUGACUCCCCAAGACAGUGUAUUCUUCCUCAAGUCACUACCGCAACCAUUUCUUCCGACGACUUCACAACUCCCGACUUCUCUGGAGUUCAACAGAGAGGGUUAUGGCUUUCAAUGGAUGGCUAUAAUCUUAUGAUAUACAUCGACACCUGUUCUUCGGAUUGUAACACCGUGAUUGAAGUGACUACAGACUGUUACAGACAACUUCCCGUGACUUUUAAUGGUGACAAAAAUUGUUUAAUCAGUUUCUAUGGGAAGAGUGGCCAGAGUUAUAAAGCGCACAUCAUCGCAACAACGACAAAGGAGACUUGUCAUGUCGUUACUAUAAUGAAAGAAACUUCAGAAACCCCAUCCAACACCGUUAAUAUCUGGUUGAUCAUCUCGACUGGCAUCUUUUGUGCGAUUUUAGUAAUAACUGCGACUACCACAGUGAUCUACAUCAUUAUCAAAUACAAGCGGACAAAGAGAGUUCCGCCCAAAACGGAUAUCGAAGUGUCACUUAAUUAA